AUGAGCUCAAGCAACAACAAUGUAUCAAGUGGACCGACAGUCGCGCAGCAGCCACUUGACCAAUCAACCAGCAACUUUGUAUUUGUCCUUCCACCACCGCCUACUGUUUGGAUACAGUUCAAUGAUGGCAUGCGAAUGGCAUUUACGCCAUCUCCUGCACAGUAUUUACAAUCUGUACUGAGUGGCACUCCGCUUUUCGGGUCAAGGCCUGGCAGCGACGACACUAAUGGCAACGGCUUUGCAAGUGCGUUAAACGAACUAUUUCAGCGUGCACAGGCACAGCAGCAUGGCCCGCCUCCGACCAGCAAGCUAUUUCUUGAAAAACUGCCAGUGAAGACCUGGACAGAAAGCAUGCAAAAGACGGAUUUACACAAUGAAUGCGUCAUAUGUCUAAGCGACUACAAAGAGAAUGAGAUGGUUAUUUCUCUUCCUUGUGGCCACACUUUCCACAAGGACUGUGGCAUGACGUGGCUCGUAGAGCACAACGUCUGUCCCACUUGCAGAUAUGAGUUGCCGACUCAAUCAAACAAGCCUUUGAAUCAACCGACUGAGUCCAGUUCAACGCUAACAACAAUUGAGCCUACGUCUACACCAGCAACUGCAGAGCCAGAACAGGAGCCAACCUUGCACGAAAAUGCAAGUCUUACAGGUGUUCGUCGAUCGCGUCCAAUUGAGUCGUUCCGACCACGUGACGUACGACAGCGUUUUGACGAGCCAGCAUUGUCGCUUAACGAAACAGUUCUGGACGACAUGCUAGAAGAGGAGGCUGAACGGUUAGUAAAAGAAGAAAUGGAGAAGCGUCAGAUUGCAGUUGACGAUCAAGACGCCGAGAUUGAUCGGGACGUGGAAGAAUUUCUCAACGAGUCAAGUAGUUGA